UGUUCUAUCUGCCAAAGCUAUCAGUGCAUUAAAGGGGAUAAAUCAUACAUAGUUCCCAGCAACUCAGGCCGGCAGCUACAAAAGACCUUCGUACCAAAUCCAAAACGAAAACCCAUUUUUCGCUCCGUUUCGAUUCGAACCGAAUUUCAGUCCGCCCAGAUGGAUAUGAACUAUCAGUACAAGAAGGACCACUCGUUCGACAAGCGCCGCAACGAGGGCGACAAGAUCCGGCGCAAGUAUCCGGACCGUGUGCCCGUCAUCGUGGAGAAGGCGCCGAAGACGCGCUACGCGGAGCUGGACAAGAAGAAGUACCUGGUGCCGGCGGACCUGACGGUGGGCCAGUUCUACUUUCUCAUCCGCAAGCGCAUCAAUCUGCGUCCCGACGACGCCCUCUUCUUCUUCGUGAACAAUGUGAUUCCACCGACAUCGGCCACCAUGGGUGCACUGUACCAGGAGCACUUCGACAAGGACUACUUCCUCUACAUUUCCUAUACCGAUGAGAACGUCUAUGGACGUCAGUAGACGCGGGCUUGACCCGCAUAAUCGUUUUGGCGGUCGGUUGAGUUUCAAUUGUCAUUUUUUCCCAUUGGCACUACUCGCUCAAUAAAGAAUGACUGCUCCUAGCCAGCUAACCAGAA